AUGGACAUCACCAGCUACCUGCAGCGCUUCGAGGGCAGCCUCAGCUCGUACACCGGGGACGACCCCCUGGAGCAGUUCAGUAAACCCGGCCGUGGUCACCGUGUCGGCCUACCUGGCGGAGCAGCUGCUCUGAGGGGUCGGAGCUCUGCUUCGAGGAGGCCAGAGCUCUCAGGUACUUCAGGAGGCAGGAGACGGAGCAUCCCACAGGCUAUCACCACUCUUGUCAAAUCCUAUUUCCAGGACGUCCAGCUAUGCCUCACAACUAAGGAGUACACCACAGCAUGGCAGCGUUUGGAUAUAGGGAUCAUGGCAGGAUGCACCAUCUCCCCUCUGGCCUUCACCAUGGCAAUGGAGGUCAUCAUCCGAGCCUCCCGAUGGGUGGUAGGAGGUCAGCAGCUCAAAGCUGGUCUUCGACUCCCUCCCAUCAGAGCGUACAUGGAUGACAUGACCACACUCACAACAACCAUGCCAUGCACAAGGCGACUGCUGAAAAAGCUCCAGGAGAACAUCGAGUGGGCCCGGAUGAAGAUAAAGCCAAGCAAAUCCAGGAGCAUAUCAGUCGUCAAGGGCAAGCUGUCAGAGCAGCGCUUUUUCAUUGGCGAGGAACCCAUACCAACAGUGUUGGAGAAGCCAGUGAAGAGCUUAGGGCGCUGGUACGAUGCCAACCUCAAGGACAAAGAUCAAGUGCACCAGCUUAGGCAGGACACAAUCUGCGGCCUCGAGAGUAUCGACAAGUCCCUGCUUCCUGGCAGGUUAAAGCUCUGGUGCCUUCAAUUCGGUCUUCUACCCCGGCUGAUGUGGCCUCUUACCAUCUAUGAGGUCCCUAUCUCCAAGGUUGAAAAACUGGAGAGGUUGAUCAGCUCGUUUGCCAGAAAGUGGCUGGGUCUUCCCAGGUGCUUCAGCAACAUAGGGCUGUAUGGAAGAGGCAUUCUGGAGCUGCCUGUGUCCAGUCUUACAGAGGAGUUCAAGUGCUCCAAAGUAAGGCUGGAAAUGACACUAACAGAAUCCCCCGUGAGCCUGGUGGUAACAAAUGGGGGCUCGUCCGGGAUCAUCUGA